UGCGUGUUGACGCAGCGGGUGGCAGCUGGUGCGUCAGGAGGAGACAGAGAUGCCAUAACAGCAGCAUCAUCAUCAUCAGCAUCACCGAGCAUCGGUCCGUCUGACUCCGUGUGUCCGUGGCUCCGGUACCGGCUCCGGGACGCCUCUCAUGCUCUGUCCGCCCCGCAGCGCGUCAGUGCGGGAUCUGAUCGGCGGAGAGAAGCGGCGGAGGAGCGGCAGCAGCAUCUGGAGCGGAGGAUGCUCUGGGGUUUCCCAGCAGGCCUGUGAAGAUGAGUGUGACAUCAUGGUUCCUGGUGAGCAGCUCGGGGACUCGACACCGCCUCCCCAAGGAGAUGAUCUUUGUGGGCCGAGAGGACUGUGAGCUGAUGCUGCAGUCUCGCAGCGUCGACAAGCAACACGCCGUCAUCAACUACAACCCGACGACUGACGAACACCUGGUCAAAGACCUGGGCAGCCUGAACGGGACGUUUGUGAAUGACCUGAGGAUCCCUGAUCAGACCUACAUCACCCUCAAACUGUCCGACAUCAUCCGCUUCGGAUAUGAUUCUCACGUCUACGUGUUGGAGAAAAGUCAACACAAGGUCCCCGAGGAGGCUCUGAAGCAUGAGAAGUACAGCAGUCAGCUGCAGAUCAGUCUGAAGGCUUCAGAGAAGAAGAAGACGGAGCUGGAGGACCGAACGAGAGCUGAGAAAACAGCCAGUACCAAGAGCACACAGGAGGCUCCGGUGUGUCGGCCCACUCCUCUGUACGGUCAGCCGUCCUGGUGGGGAGAGGAGGAUUAUGGGAGUAAAGUUCAGACUAGCACUGAAACUCACGCAGAAGUCCAGAAAGAUGUCCCGUUGGUGGAUCCGGACUUUCCUGGAUCUCUGUCAGACUCCCAACCAAAGACCGUCUUCCCUUCGUACCACCGUGAGCCGAGCUACUUCGAGAUCCCCACCAAAGACUUCCAGCACCCCAAACCCCCGGGGGCGGAGCUUCAUGAGAUCCCCACCAAGGAUACAGACACGCCUCCGGCCCCGCCGUCGCCCCCCACCCCGACCCCACCCGUUGUUCAGAGCCACGCCUCCUUCACCAUCGAGUUCGACGACUGCAUGCCCGGCAAGAUCAAGAUCAAAGACCAUGUCACAAAGUUCUCCACCCGCCAGAGGAAGCAGCAGCCUCCGUCUGCCAAGACCACCAUCACAACAGCCACACCCACAGACGUGAUGUCAGCAGAGAGCAAGGUGGCCGAUUGGCUGGUUCACAGUGACGUCAGCAUGAUGAGAAGACGCCCGACGUGUGAAGAUGUUUACAGCACCAAGAGUGACCUCGCCAUAAACAUCAAGACCCUCAAAGGUCACCAUCACGAGGACGGGACCCAGAGUGACUCAGAGGACCCGGUUCUGAAAGGGAGGAGGAGUAAAUCCCACCACUCUGUCCAAUCAGAGCAGUCGGAGGCGUCGCAGCAGACGGUACAGUCCGGUCCUUCCAGCCAGCCGCCUGCUCCGACUCAGACGCUCCACCAGCCGCUGCAGUACUCUCCACCCGGACCGGCCCCAGCCUCACCUGUGGCCCCUGAGCGGCCCCUGUCCCAGAGUCCUCCUCAGGCUCAGUCCCCCACCACUGAAAUACCAAAGCAGGGCCCCCCCGAGCACCUCACCCAGCAAGCCUUCAUCAUUGAGUUCUUUGAUGACCACCCGCGUAAGAAGCGCUCGCAGUCCUUCACACAUAACCCCGCCCACGCCGACUCAUACUCAGCCCUAAAGGCCAAGCUGGAGCGGCGGAAAGGCGGCGAGAGGCCGGCGUCUGUACACGGCCACAUCCCCCCUACCCAGCAGGUGACCGUUCCUCUGAAGGGUCAGGGCCACGGCGGCCCCCAGAGGUCGAGCUCUCUGAAGAGGGAGAAGACAGAGGGGGAGGUGGUGUCCUCUGCCUCCUCCUCUCGCUCCUCCUCGGGCAUCACCAUCAGACCCUUCGGCAGCGUUGGAAAGAAGUCCAAGCUCGCUCAAGAGUUCGCUGCUGAGUUCCUCAAGGACUCUGGGCAACAGGAUUCCUCCCCAACCAGGGACAAGAUGUCCCCUCCCCCAAUGUCUGCACCACCAGUGAUGGUGUCGCCUCCUCAAGCAAGAAUCCCCUCCCCCCAGGAACCUCCAGCAGUGUCAGUGUCCUACCCCACCUCCCCCUCACAGCCCUCAGCAAUGUCCAAGUCCUCAGUCCCCAUUAGUGCUGCCGUCCGGGCCGCAUCUCCUGUCCAGCCUCCCAUGUCCCCCAUGCUGCUCCCGGGUGUCCGCGCUGGAGACCCCAAAGCUUCCCAGAGGAUGAUGAGGAACGAGGAGGAUGACAGCCUGAGCGACGCCGGGACCUACACCAUCGAGACGGAGGCGCAGGACAAAGAGGUGGAAGAGGCUCGCAACAUGAUUGAUCAGGUGUUUGGUGUCCUCGACUCUCCAGAGUACAGUGGUGUCAGCACAGGAGUGUAUAGACCUGUAAUAAAUGAUGGAAAGGAUGAGCAAGCUAACCUGCCUAGCGAUGGUAGCACUGUGGACCCGUUGCAUGGCUUUAUCCCCGCUGCCCUCAGCGCCCCCCUGACGGGCCCCAUGCAGGUUCCAGUUGCUGGUCUGGAAGGACCCAAAUGGGUUUCCCGUUGGGCCAGUCUGGCAGACAGCUACGCUGAACCUGGUUCGACUCCACCUCAGGGGGAAAGCCUGGAAGAUUUGCGCUUCAUGAGCCGCUCGAUGGGAAAUUACAGCUAUGAUAACUCUGAAUCGGAGUCCAGCCACAGCUCCAGGACGAGACGGCUGCUGCCUCAGGUGCCUCCAGAGAAGCUGGACAGUGUUCCUCCCAGUAUCCUGAUUCGCCACGAGCCUCACCAAGGCCAGGAACCUCUGGACCGGGUCUCUGGUCCUCCCCGUCCACAGGACAGCACCCAGCGCCUGGCCGUUCAGGACGAUGUGGACCCGGACAGCCUGAGUGACGCCAGCCGCUCAGAUGACGCACCUGUUCUGGAGAAGACAAAGAAGAAUCAGGCCAGGACUGGAUCUUUGUCUCCGGGGGCCGCUGGUCCUCACUUCAAGGGUCCAGAGAAAGUGUCUCCCUCCACUAAAUCCACCUCCUUCUACAUUGGUUCUGAAGACAGUCCAGGCAAACCUGACCAGGCCCGGAGCCCGGUACAGUCUGAGAGGACACGUGACCCCACAGCUAAACCUCCCCCUACCACUGUCCUGAUCCGACACCUGAGUGGACAUGAACCCAGGAGGACAGGUGUCAAACCCAACAGCUCUGCUCCAAACCUCCAAAUACAGGACAAGGAUUCUGUCCCCACUAAAGACAGCGGCAUCUCGUCCAUCGUGCGGCAGGAGAGCUUCACCAAAGACCGGCCCAGCGACACCGUCCAGAUGAAGAAGCUUCCCCACAUCUCCAGCCACCCGUCCAUCAGAGACAUGGAGCAGAGGAGGGACAACAUCCAGGACACGCAGUCCUUCCUUCAGGAGGCCGAGGGGACUUUGUCCUCUCUGGACUCCAAGUUCCCCUCGUCUGGCUCUGGUCGUAGCUCAAAGAAAGGAGGCUCCUCCACCCACAUGGACGACUCACUAUCUGGUGAGUCAGACGUGGACACGGCGAGCACUGUGAGCCAGGUGAGUAGCAAAAACGCUCCAGUCAGCUCUGCUCCUAAAAAGCGUCCAGCCAUCAGCGGCCUGCAGAAGGAGAAGUCCUCGUCCAGCCCGUCCAUCCAAGAGAAGGGACGGCAACUCUCUGCCCGUGAACGGCUUUCUGAAAAACGCAGAAACCAGACGACUGCAGAGACAUCGAGCAAAGCAGAGGCAGCGAAGCGCUUCCAGAUGCGCCGUAGUGCGGGCAACCGUGGAUCUCUGGAUCUGUCAGAGGGCCAGCAGAGUUCUGGUCCUCACUGGACUGAAACAACAUCAUCUGACCAUGAAAUUUCCCGUCCGUCCAGCCGUAGCAAGAAACUCAUCGCCCCCCUUCAGAAAGAAGACAACGGAAAGACGCCUAAAACGGCAACUCAGCAGGUUCUGACACGUUCCAACAGCCUGUCAGCGCCACGACCAACCCGAGCAUCCAUGCUCCGUCGAGCACGCCUGGGCGAGGCCUCAGAUAACGAGGGUGCUGAGACCGACCGCGGCUCCCAGAAUUCAGACAGUAUCACUGCGCCGUCCAAAGUGUCUGCCGAGGGGAAGAAGCUCUCGAGGCUGGAUAUCUUGGCGAUGCCCAGGAAGAGGACCGGCUCCUUCACGGCUCCCAGUGACAACGAGACGUCCUCCACAGGCCGCACUGCUCCCUCUAAUCGCAACUCUGAGUCUGUCGUCACCACCAGGAAGACAUCUGUGGGCGAUGCCCGCCAGGCAGCUAGCAAAGGGGGUGGAGCUCAGGGGAAGCAACCACUGACCCGCACCCGGUCCAGCGGAGCCAAGUACCCCAGCAGCGGUUCCCGUCGCAGACAGAAGGGCUCAGACUUCUCCUCAUCCUCUGAGGAAGAUUAUGAGACAAGUGCCGUGAAUUCCAAAGCCAAACGCUCCUCCCAUCCUUCCACUUCCUCCCAGACGCCUCGCCACCGAACAGCUGCCACCCGAUCCAAGUCUGUCUCACUGGAGACAGAGGAGGACGAGGACCCGAGUGAGGUCGACCCCUACCAGAACUGGUCCACGCACAGCGCCGAGAUUGCCAAGCUCAGUCAGGACCUGGCCAAAGAUCUGGCCAUCCUGGCGAAGGAAAUCCACGAUGUUGCCGGGGACGGAGACUCGCCGGGCUCCGGCAUGGGCACCGCCACCUCACCCAGCUCACUGCCCACCACGCCGGCCUCCACUAUCUCUGCCAGGGAGGAGAGGCCAUCUUAUCCAUACUUACGUGGGGUUCGACCUUCUCAGCUGGUCCAACAUAUCCCUGAGGCCAGUUUAAACUACCAGAAGGUUCCUCCAGGUUCUGCUGUCGUCUCGGACCUGGACGCAAACAUGAAUGAGCCCGAGCCCGGUUCUAAGCAACGCCGUCCGUGGAACCGCGAAGAGGUGAUUCUGGACAACCUGAUGCUGAAUCCAGUGUCUCAGCUGUCUCAGGCCAUCCGAGAGAACACGGAGCAGCUGGCUGAAAAAAUGAAGGUUCUGUUCCAGAACAAGGCGGAGGUCUGGGAGGAGAUCGAGGCAAAGAUCAACGCUGAGAAUGAAGUCCCCAUCCUGAAAACCUCCAACAAGGAAAUUACCUCCAUCCUGAAGGAGCUGAGGAGAGUCCAGAGGCAGCUGGAAGUGAUAAACACCAUCGUGGAGCCCGGUGGCGGCCUCCAGUCUGCAGCCGUCGGGACGUCACCACGUGGUCAGACUCGACCGUCCUCGAGGGAGAAGAAACCUGCCACCAAACCCCGCGGCGCCGCCUCGACCUCCAACGCCAACGAAAGCACCAAAAGACCACCUCGUGGACCCGACGGGUCCCACUACAUGGCCUGAGCAGGCCACCGUAGCACCUCUGGAUAGUGACUGUGUGUCCACACCGCCUGCAGCCACCUCGCCGUCCUCUGUCCAACGUCCAACGCUCCGUAGCACUCAGACAGACAGAAGAUCUCUACAUUAACCUUUACUGCGCCGUUGACAGCGUGGAGACAGAGAUGUCGUUGUGUUCAUCAGCAGGAAGUCUCUGUGGUAUUUAAACCGUUUCCUGUUUCAGAGUGACGCCUCUUUAAAGUGUGUGUUUAUAUUUGUCCACAUUCAGAGGACGCAGUUUCUUUGGUCCUCAGUGUCCCACAUUAAUGCUGUGUCCCAGUUCCACACUACGUCCAGGACAGUCUGCAGCGUGUACAACACUCGGGUCGUAGUAUUUGUACACAGGAAGUGAUUUUAAACCAGCAGCGUGGAGGUCAGUCAGACUGACGCUGCUGCCGAUCAGAGCUCCUGACAGACGUAGCAGCUUCCUCAGAAAUCUUUAUUCUGUCCAACAGAAGACGUCGCAGGCUUCAAACGUUAAACAUUGUCCAAACACUGUUUAAAUAAAAUUCAGUCUGAAGGCGCCGUCACACAUGAGCAACCAUCGCCUGCCAACGCCACCGUUAAUCAGCUGACCGCAGAGAACAUUUCUGACCACUUACACAUGUCGGUCUGUUACCAGCAGUAGUUACCAGUAGUAUCACAAAUGAGCGGCAACGCUAGCUAGCUCCCACCUGACCCUGUUGGUGCACAGUGCAGGGCAGCUAAGGCUAACGUUAGCUAAGCAGUGGAGACCGGAGGGUGGGCGCCAUGUUUCCACGUUAGGAUUAAAACCAUCUAUUAACAAAGAUGGCAGUGGGGCUGAAACAUACGAGGCUCAGUGUAUUUUCUGCAAGAAGUUUUUGAACUCAGCAUGAUGGGAAUCAAAAAAACAACCUGGCCAACAAACAGCAGGUGUGUGUUUCCUCCACGCCACGAGGACAUCCUGUUUUAAGUUCUCAGAAAUUUUCAGGCAGGGUUUUCCUUGAAGUCUCUGAUGUCUGUUCAUGUUUUUAUCAUCAGACUUGAUUAUUGUAAAAUGAGUCGGAAAUUUCGUUGUGAUUGGAUUUAAGUCUCUGCCUGGCGUUAAUCUGCAGGACAUCAGUGUCCAUCUGUCCAGUGUAGUGGGGACUGAGACACAGCUGUGGGGUCUGUCUGAGGUCUUUGUCCCUGCUGGUGGUGUGGAUCCACCCAACUGUCCAAAUCUAACGUGUCAUUGUCUCCAGUGAUUCCGAUGCAUUUAACCGUACGUAGGACUGCUUCCACAUCGCACAAGCUGAGCAACAUUUAGUGAACGCUACAACAGCAGCCGCUGCUGGCGCCGCAGUAGUCCGUGGAUGAUGUAUAAACUCUGUGCUUUGAUAAUCUGUUGUUGCAUUUGAACAGUUUCCUGUGUGCCGCUGCUCGCAGACAGGAAGCCGCCGUCUGUCAGAGUAAAAGAGAUGUAAUGUUAUAUUUUACUGAAUGUUUCUUUGCCAUCUCGCUGUGAUUGUGCGAUAACUGUGAACCUGCUUCAGGAUGGCUGAAUGUCGUGAGUGCCGAAUGUCUGCCGAGCUCAAACACACUGAACACAUCAGCCGAGAGCCGCUCGACCAGACGCUGAGCUGAGGGUUAAUUUACAGACACUGAACACAUGGACUCCAGUCAGAAACAUUCAGCCUCAUAUCCACCUCAUAAAGCUUUUAUAGUUAUCAGGUAACGACCGCGUAGCUACGAGAUGCCAAGUUAAAAUUAUUCUGUCCACAGUUUUUUAAAAAUCCAACAUGAUGAAACAAACUGCAGCGUCAGCACAGUCGGAUCAUUCUUCUUCUUCUUCUUCAUGUUCAUCUGCCGUCAGUCGUACGUCUGUUAACUCCGAGCCUUACUGACCGACAGAGCCGUUCAUAUCUCAGCCGGACUUCAUUCACAGACACGAAACCUCGGGAACAGAUUUUAUAUUCAGCACAGUCACCAGGAGAAAUGUUAGCGUUGUACGUUUCUGCAAAACACAGAUAUGUUACAAUUAAACGUUAUUAUGUCACUGAUACGUUACGUUAUGUAGCUUUUACGUCAUAUUUGUACGUUAUGUCAUGGAUACGUUACAUUUGUAUGUUAUUAUGUUGAAGAUACGUUACAUUAUGUCACGGAUAUGUUUUGUUUAUACGUUAUUUUGUCGUGGAUACGUUACAUUUGUACGUUGCUGUGAAGUGGAUACAUUAUGAUUGUACGUUAUGUCAUGGAUACGUUACGUUAUGUAGCUUUUACGUUUUAUUUGUACAUUCUUUUUUAGUCGAUAUGUCACAGUUGUACAGUUUUAUGUCGUAGAUGUGAUGAAAUAUUUUAACGUUUCAACGACGCUGUGUUUAACGUCUGCUUGUGUUCGGGCAUAAAACUGCUCAGUCGCGGUUUCUAAAAGAUGUUUUGGCUUAAAAUUUGUAGUUUUGGGGGUAAAGUCGUCGACAGGACACACAAUGAUAACACGUAAAACACAGCUGGUUUAGUUUGUUGGUGUUGAACAGUCUCCACCCUCCACCUCCUGAUGGAGUCGGCUCAGACACUACGUCACUUCAGAAAUGUCGGAUGUACAAAAGCUCCGAAUGUAACAUAUCUGAGUUUCAGAGAAAUGUAAAGCUCCAUCAUUUUCCUGUGAAGACUGAACUCUGUUCAGACUGACAGCAGAUCCAAAUGACCUCAGUUUACAGUUUGAUAUAAAACAGCUGUCAGCAGGCAGAACUGUGAUGAACUGUGGGCAGCUCAUGUCAUACGAACAACAUGUGGACACAGCUGACGUCCGAAAACACAGCUAUAAACAUUAAGGAGGAGAAUUAAGACCAACGCCCCAGUGAGAACGAAUGAGCCGUGAAUUUAACCCAUUAAAAAAAGGAAGAGUCAGAUCAGGACUGAUAAUGACGAUGACACACCUGAGUUCAAACCAACAGAAGAAGUGAGAAUAAAAUAAUUAAUAAUCAAAGAAUGUUUCAGUUUAAAGGUCGACAGCGUCGGAACAAUGUGACCGAUAGAAUCUUUAGUUCCAGAGCUUUCAGCCUCGUCUCUCAGUCUUCACAGAGCCACACCUCCACCUGUAAAAUCAGCAGAUGUUUCUGUCGUCAUUUUCAGCUGUAACUGUCAUGUUUAAAGAUGUGUCGUUAAACAGGAGGUCCGACCUGACAGUACUGAUUAUUGCUGAUGAAGCAGACCUACGUCACAGAGGCUGAACAGUGUCCUGCUGUGGACGGAGCCGCAGCUAAAUGUAGUUUAGCCACCUGAAAAAUUCACAUCAGUGUAAGUGAAGCUUAUAUUUGAAUAUUUUCUCCACCUUAUCCUCCACACUGUCUGAUGGAGGCAGCUCGUUUCUGUCAAGUGAAAUGAUGAUGUCAGUGCGGUGUGGAGGCUCUGAGAUAACGGCUUCAGUUCUCCGUCAGGUCGUCUGACAGCGAGGUGGUGAGGUGAAAGUAUUCUAGACAGUGAACAUUUAAACGGAUAUUAAUUUGUUUUCUAGGUGGGUAAAAACAAAUCAGUUGAAGCAGCGUCUGCUCAGCGCCGCAUACGAACAUGACGCUGUGAUUUCCUACCUGGAGGUUACUGUAAACAAAUGUUGUGAUUUGAUCUCUAGCUUAGUUUAUUAGGAUCCUCCAUGAUCAUCCUCACUGUGACCUCGUCACAUGUCCACGUUUGGUCAUGGACUUUCCACGUCCACAUAUGACGUCCAAGGUACCCUGGGUGUGUUGGUUGUUGACGUUCUGGGACGCCGUGUCAACUUCAGCCUGUUACAUGCAUUGUCUGUUUUCAAAAUACACUUCUGUUUUCACAGGAAAUGUACAGUUUGAUACAGUCUCUUUCAAAAUAAAAGUUACGUCGGUACAACGUAGUUUUUUUCCUUCAACAACAAACACACCUGGUUACGUUUAGGAAGAACAUGAAAGUCAGUGGUUGUUGGACUCAUCCACCGCCCGCCCCACUGUGGCCCCAUUAACUCUGGUGUUUGUCCCCUGACGCUGCCGGGCAGCAUGACACGAUAACGGCUGUGUGUCAUACCGACGUGAAGGGAUGACUUUGUUUGUUGGUGUCUGGUGCCAGAAGUCACUGAUCAAGCGUUGGAUCCCAAUCCCCAUCAGUCCUCCCAGGGAACGACACAUAAAUCAGACAGCUGAAACAAACAGCUAUGUAACAUGAUAAACACUCAAACAUCAUGUUACGUACAAGUAAACAAAAAAGCAAUCACGUAUCAAACAUGACGACACAAGCACGAUCUCACAAGUUACAUCAUUUCGUCAGAGCACGAAGCGAAGGAAGUCACGAAGGUCGUACAGGAAGUGAAGGAGUUAUUGUUACUGGCUCUGAAAUGAAUCUGAAGGUGAAACUCAUGACGCUGCACACACGUCAGGACUGGUGAAAGUUUACACCUGAUGUGGGCGCGUUGGGAUCGGGUGUUAAAUAAUGGCCCCCAAAGCUGCUUCCACCUACGUGUACCGAACUCGCUUCACAUAUGUAACAUAGGCCGUCUGAUCCGUCUCUAAGAUCAAACUGCGCUCCCUGAGGAAGACCAUGUGAUGUAGCUGAAAGCUCUCCACGUCAGAUUAUUUAGUUUCCAGGUUCAAUGAUGCACUCAUGUGUCACCGUGUCCUGACUGAACGUGAACAGACCGAGUGAAGCAGCGACGCAGUUUAGACAUGAACUUUUGUCAGACAUCACGUGUCUGUUUGUUCCUGUCGCUCACUUUGAGAGCGCCGCAGUGAGCGUAGAUCAGCUGAUUCAUGACGUUCAAAUGAGAAAUGAUCGACAGGACUCCUCCUCAUGUCACCACAGAAACUUAAAGGAGGUGUCAGCUGAGAGGAGGGAGAUCAGCAGGGAGCUGAACGUGUCAUCGCUGAUAACGA